AUGAUGUCCAUAUCUCGAUCCAGCCUGCUUCUGAGCCUUCUGCUUUCUCUUGAUUUUACUACAAUAUUCGUAGAAACACAUAACUAUGAGUUCAAAGUACAUGAUUACAUCCAUGUUGUAAAUUUAGCAGAUGGACACACUGCUGCGUUGAAGAAACUCUCGGACCAUAAAAUAGGCUGUGAAGUCUACAACUUAGGAACGGGUAAAGGCACAUCUGCGUUGGAGAUGGUAGUAGCUUUUGAAAAGGCAUCCGGAAAGAGAAACUGGAUGACUAGCCAAUCCAAAGGCUUCCAUUUACGGAUUAGUCGCCUCUUCCUCUUUAAGAAAAUUAGGGCUUUCAUUAAGAAACCUUCCAUUGCAGUUGAUGACUCAAUAUUUAAGGGUCCUAAUCAGUGCCAAAGAGUGUAA